AUGGGCUGCACCUCGGCCAAGCAGGUGUUGGCCGUGGCCAGUGGUGAGGAGGGCCGCAGUAAGGCCUACAGCAAUGGGGAUGUUCUCUCUGGUCAGUGCUGGAAACACAUUCACCUGGGUUGCGUUCAGGAGGCUUAGACAAUGCAUUCAUAUUCGGAACAUGCUGUAAAACAAAUAUGCGUGUCAGUAGAAUAUGGAAUUGUAUGUUAGUUUCAUUUGUUACAAUUCUCUCUGCAACGUUAGGAACGUUUCGCCUCACUGAAUACACCCCUGAUUUACAGACAGCAUACUGUGCCAACGUGCUUUACCGCUCCGAGGUGAAGUUUCGCCUAUGUACAGAUCUAGGAUCAGCUUCCCCUCCCCCAAUCAUAACCUAACCAUUAGUGGGUAAAAUGAAAAACUGACCCAAGAUCAGCGUCCAGGAGCAACUUCACCCUACUCCUACUUUAACCAAAUCGUUUCUAUUGGUGCUGCAGCAACCUCAGGGAGUAGUCUGAGGAGAGUCAAACCUUCAACCAUUCGGUCCCAAGCACGCUAUCCACACAGUCCCAAUAGGGUUCACUUGGCUUGGGUCAUUACAAUGUAACAGCAGUUCAAGUAAAUUAUUCAAACCAGGAGGAGUUCCUAACAGGGGUUGGAACUGGUUCCGGGAACAGAAACACGGAAAAUAAAGAACAUUUUCAAGGAACGGAACCGGGAACGAAAGUGAUCCAUACUGUUCUGGAACAGAACCGUUAUUUUAAAAGCAUGGGAACUGGUUAAUAACGUUCUAGGCAUUUUUUUCUGCAACAAAGCGCCUAUGCAAAGCCCUCACUCUGUCACUCGGAAACGUAUUCCAUUGUCUGCCUGCAAGCUGAAAAUCUUUGCCAGUGUGUGUGCAUGUUUAGGCUACCUGCCCUUUCCCCCUCCGAAGCAUAGGCUACUGUACUGACUUUACAAGCGUGAUUCAGAAGAUAGGGAGAGAGAUUCUUUAUUAGCUAGAGAAGAAUGGAUUCACUUUUUCAAUGCUAGUUAAGGAUAAUAUAGGCCUAGUUAUCACGUUUCACAUUGGAUUUAUUAACUACAAAAAGGUAUGACGUGUUUAGCUAGCUAGCUAGCUCAAAGUACAUUAAAAGUUCCCCCAUAGAAGCAGCUCCUCUGUGUAUAAUUAUGUGGGCCUAAUUCAGGUAAUUCAUGUCAUAACAAGAUGCCCAGCGCUUCACGCCUCCUCCUCAACCCUCUCUCACUCUCUCCCCACCUGCAACAUUUUCUUUCAUCAUAGGCUACACUUGUCUGUCCAUCACACAUGUAACAACUAGCUUGCCUGCUCUAUCCCCACUGAUUGGUGAAGUCAUUUAGUUUCAGGUUUUAAUGUCACAUGCAGAAGUACAGUGAAAUGCCUUUCUUGCAAACUCAAAACCCAACAUUGCAAUAAUAAAAAGAAACACGAGAAAGAAGAAAUAUUAAGAACAUAAUAAGUAAAUAAGCAUACUAUAUACAGUGCAUUCGGAAAGUAUUCAGACCCUUUCCCUUUUUCCACAUUUUGUUACGUUACAGCCUUAUUCUAAAAUGGAUAAAAUAUUUUUUUCCCCUCAUCAAUCUACACACAAUACCCCAUAAUGACAAAGCGAAAACAGGUUUUUAGAAACUUUUGCAAAGUCAUUACAAAUAAAAAACCGAAAUACCUUAUUUACAUAAGUAUUCAGACCCUUUGCUAUGAGACUCAAAAUUUAGAUCAGGUGCAUCCUGUUUCCAUUGAUCAUCCUUGAUUGGAGUCCACCUGUGGUAAAUUCAAUUGAUUGGACAUGAUUUGGAAAGGCACACACCUCUCUAUAUAAGGUACCACAGUUGACAGUGCAUGUCAGAGCAAAAACCAAGCCACAAGGUCGAAGGAAUUGUCCGUUGAGCUCCGAGACAGGAUUGUGUCGGGGCACAGAUCUGGGUAAGGGUACCAAAAUGUCUGCAGCAUUGAAGGUCCCCAAGAACACAGUGGCCUCCAUCAUUCUUAAAUGGAAGAAGUUUGGAACCACCAAGACUCUUCCUAGAGCUGGCCGCCUGGUCAGAGCAAUUGGGGUAGAAGGGCCUUGGCCAAGAACCCAAUGGUCACUCUGACAGAGCUCCAGAGUUUCUCUGUGGAGAUGGGAGAACCUUCCAGAAGGACAACCAUCUCUGCAGCACUCCACCAAUCAGGCCUUUAUAGUAGAGUGGCCAGAUGGAAGACACUCCUCAGUAAAAGGCACAUGACAGCCCGCUUGGAGUUUGCCAAAAGACACUUAAAGGACUCUCAGACCAUGAGAAACAACAUUCUCUGGUCUGAUGAAACAAAGAUUGAACUCUUUGGCCUGAAUGCCAAGCGUCACGUCUGGAGGAAACCUGGCACCAUCCCUAUGGUGAAGCAUGGUGGUGGCAGCAUCAUGCUGUGGAGAUGUUUUUCAGCGGCAGGGACUGGGAGACUAGUUAGGAUUGAGGGAAAGAUGAACGGAGCAAAGUACAGAGAGAUCUUUGAUGAAAGCCUGCUCCAGAGCGCUCAGGACCUCAGACUGGGGCGAAGAUUCACCUUCCAACAGGACAACGACCCUAAGCACACAGCCAAGUAAACGCAGGAGUGGCUUCGGGACAAGUCUCUGAAUGUCCUUGAGUGGCCCAGCCAGACCCCGGACUUGAACCCGAUCGAACAUCUCUGGAGAGACCUGAAAAUAGCUGUGAAGCGACGCUCCCCAUCCAACCUGACAGAGCUUGAGAGGAUCUGCAGAGAAGAAUGGGAGAAACUCCCCAAAUACAGGUGUGCCAAGCUUGUAGCGUCAUAACCAAAAAAGACUUGAGGCUGUAAUCGCUGCCGAAGGUGCUUCAACAAAGUACUGAGUAAAGGGCCUGAAUACUUAUGUCCCGUCAAAAUCCUUUGUCAUUAUGGGGUAUUGUGGGUAGAUUGAUGAGGACAUUUUUUUUAUUUUAGAAUAAAGCUGUAACGUAAGAAAAUGUGGAAAAAGUCAAGGGGUCUGAAUAAUUUCCGAAUGCACUGUACAGUCCCAAUACCAUAUUUACAAUGUGCAGGGAUACUGGAGUGAUGGAGGUAUGUAUGUAUAGGGGUAAGGUGACUAGGCAUCAGGAUAUAAGAUAAACAGAGUAGCAGCAGCUUAAUGAGCUAAAUGUUUUUAAAAAAAAGAGAAAAAAAAGAAGAAGCAACAGAAAGGAAUGAUAUAAACCGUUACUUUUUUGAGGUUCGAACCGGUUCAGAACUUUAUUUUGCUGGUCGGAACAGUGGAAAGGACCAACAUUUUUUAGGAGCUGUCCUGCUUUCCAACCAUUGUGAAAAGAGGAUCUUCUUUGAACUGUUAAUUUGAGCAUGUCAUUAUUUUUGUGAAGCAUUGGACUGAAAUAACUAUUGACCUGGAUUCUACUGAUUAUUCAGCUGAUUACUGCAGCUCCUCUCCUCAUAUCUGGAUGAACAGUCGAUUCCUGAUCAAUCUAAUUGAUGGGGACUGUCAUGAAUGGGUUCUCUAAUCAGUCAUGCUCCAAUCUGAAGCGUGUAGAUAUCAAAUAAAAAUGUAUCGUCACAAGCAAAAAUAAGUUGAUGUUGCUGGUAGUGUUAACAAUGGCAAAAAUAUAAAUGCACGCAUGUGUUUUUUAACCCAAAUCCCUCAUAUCCCCCACUAUUUCUUACAGAUGAGUACAAGAAAGGCGUGGAAAGUGUGAAGUAUAUAAAUGGAGAAGAGGACAGACUAAACAACUGCAACCAGGACAGUACGGUGAGAAAGAGUGAUGUUAAGAGACUCAUUCAUCAUACAGUUUUGACACACACUUUUUCAAAUCGUUUUAACAAAAAUUGUCCGAUAAAGGGUGGGGUAAGCUCAAAGGAGAUGUGUUCCAUUACAAACUUUGCAUACUUGAUAUAAAAUCGGCCAAAACGCAUGUAUCAGUGAUAACCCUGUGUGUGCUUCAGGAGAAGACUGCCCUGCUCACCACGGUCCAACAAACAGACGACGCAGGAUCAAAUGGGAAGACACAGUGAGCUCAACAAAACUAUUUUUGUUGUCAUUGUGUCACACGCAAUGCAGUGUUCUUUCCCCUUCCACCCCUGAAAUAACAGAGUUGAAAUGGGACUGACUUGUUUCUUUCUCCACAGGAUCCGUUCUUCAGAGAGCCAGCAAGAGUUCUUCAGGAUGCUGGAUGAGAAGAUAGAGAAGGUGAGGAGAGAUAGCCUGGAUCUGUGAUUUUAGCUAUUUUCAGAGCUGAAAUCAUUGUGUGUGUGGGGGGGGGUUAGAUCAGUGUCUGGGGAUGACUUCAUUCUACUCGAUCUUCUGCUUUGCUUUUUCAGGGGCAGGACUACUGCUCAGAGGAAGAGGAUAUGACAUAG